AGAACAUCGAAAACAACAGCGACAAAUGAAGUUUUAGUCCCGGUCCGGACCAGCGUGAAAAUCAAUGAAGCUGGCCACGCUAUUGAAGUGGACUUGUGGUGUUGCGACCUCCUGCUCGGAAGCCUCUUUGUCUUGUUUGCAAUUACUAGUCCCGCUACAUGUCAUCUCCAGGGAUCCAUCAACCUCUGUGCAUGGCUUCUGAUCUUCAUUGAAAACGGCAAGAUUCUGACGCUACAUUUUCUACCGCUGUGCAAGGUUUAUUGUGUAUGCGUGGCGCGAUGCAUUGGCUCACUUUUUGAAAGUUUGUCAGUUACGAAUAAAAAUAUGGCCGUUGACUCCGAUGGUGGCUCGUCCGACUCGGGUCGUUCCCCAUUGAAGGCACACGUCCCCAGCACAGGACCACCUUCGAGCGGCAAAAAUGUGGAUGACGAUGCUGCCCCAAGACAGCCUCUUUUUUUUGCCAACAGGCUGAAGGGGUACACUUGCAGCAGCAACGAUUACCAAAUCCGUUUCGUGGACCGCGAUUGCGAAAUUUUGGAGCGAGAUGUAAACGACGACAAUUUAUGUCUUUCGCUGGAGGACCUGGUGCCGAAGUAUUCCCUCAAAAUUAACCAUGCCCAUCCAAUUUGUCAUGCAAAACAUGUAGUAAAAAGUGUGUUUGUCAUGCAAAAAGUGGAUGAGGAUGGUGAAUUUUCAGGGAAUACGAAGCGGGCCGAGGGGAAAAAGCUUCUUCGCGUCCUGGUCACCUCUUACGAAGUUCCAGACUCCGCGAGCUUGCUCCGUCGGAUUGGCGUGCACGACGGGGAGGUAAUGACGGUGCCAACUUCGCUGCUAUUGAUGCCGAAAGAAAAUAUCGACGCAUUUUCGGAGUUGCGCAUGGUCAAAAGCGACGAGGAUCCCCAGGGCCUGCUGGAGAUUUUCUACCCCGGGUCGGAAUCUUUUGCAGCUGGCAAUCAUACGCACGAAGAUACCGCGGCAGGUGCAGGUGCCGACACAUCAAGUCUACUUGAGCAGCCAGAUCUGUAUCAGAGGAAGUGCCGGUCGCAUCGAUCCAUCACGGGGCACCACACGAAGAUUCUCGCUUUUCACUACGGAGUAGUGGAGGAAUUACCAACGAAGAGUUGUCAGUACAAAAGAACAGGUGAUUUCGAAAAGGAGUGGGUCCGCCUGGUCAUCACCUCGGCAAAUUUUCACACGGAGUACUGGGACUACACCAACGAAGUGGUAUGGGUCCGCGAUAUUCCGCUCGGGCAGACACCCAGUAAGAAAAUCGCGGGAGCAGCAUCAGGAAACUCCGAACCAGAUGAAUGCGAAAAUUGUAGAAACGGUCCAAGGGAUCUUUUCGCCGACGCGCUGAAGCACCCUUUCGCGCGGUCGUGUCUGAAAAUGCUCUGUCAUCUGCUACCAGAACCUGUAGAGGACCAGUCUCGUAUGACCGCUGCGUGGCACGGUAUACUGUUCCGGCUGGACUGGUUUGCAGCAAUUGCUCCCCACGAGCAGUGUGUUGUCAGUGUCGCGGCGAGCCAACCACGCUACAACUACUACGCUGAGGAACGAGAUGGACGGCGGUACCUAGAACGUCUGUGGGCGUGCGGGAGGUGGACUUCCAGCCUAGGAAAAGAUCACGGCUCUCCGAAACGUAAUCUGUCUUUAUCGGCCGAUCAGGGGUCGUUCGAGGCUGCGCUGGAGGAUUUCUACCGUUGCCAGUCGCGCGUUGGAGUCGACGUCUCUGACCACACUGGCCCUUCGCUGUUCGAAGACACUGACGGCAAUACUUUGACUGUGGUGCGGCUCGGCGUGGAUGAUCCCUCUGAGGUCGAGAAGCUGGUUCGCCCACUCGGGGCCGAAAACAUAAGGCACCAGAUUCGCCACCACCGCCCGGUGAGCGUGGAGCGGUCCUUUGCACCCGCGUACCAACCUGAGUUCGUGGAAGCGCUGGUCACGGUGACCGAUUCGCAGGCCUGCGAGUUGGAUGUUGCAGCUAGGGUGGCGCUGUGCCGAGCACUUUGGUUACCUAACGGAUUGGAGAGCGUUUCCAUUUUCUGUGCUCCGUCACCGAAAAAGCCAGACGCGUCACCGGCAGCAACGAGGACGGCUUUCGUGGUGACAGGGAGCCCGCUGCGCAACUACGCAGAGCCCCACGGCAUCCUGGUCAGCGGCCCAUCUACUUCCGCGUGGGCAGGCCGGUACUACGCUAGAGGGUGGACGGAAAGGGAGCGAGCCUCCGAGACGCGAUACUACCACAGAUCGGGGAAGCAGAUAAUACGUACCGACUACGCAUGGUCCCGGAGGUACAGUGAGGACUGGUUCGACUUCCUCGAGCCAGACCCGAACGACCCGUUUAACGGAGACGACACUGCGAGAAAGGGCGGCUGCUACAUCAAGCGGCGCGGGAUUAAUCGAGAACCGCAGGAGAUCGGGGGGACCUCGGGCUCCCUUGCGCAGUGUUUUGUCAAAGAGAUGCCGCAGACCUUUCUGCGCGACUGGGCGACCGAAGCGGGUCUUUGGGACAUUCACUUCUUGAUCACGCGGUUUCUUUCGGAUAAGUUCCACUCUUCCCGGUACGCCGGACAGGAGAAGGUACUCAGUAUGCGCACCUACAAAGCGCAACCGUUACUCACCGAACGCGAAAAAGUCAGGGCUCACCAGAAAAUCAUUCUAUGUGUUGACCAUUCGUGUGUUUGGCACGAUGAGACGCAGGUUCCCAGAGCAGCAGGGUUUGUAUAUCUGGGCUCGCAUAACUUCAACUCCCACAGCUGGGGCGUGGUGCGGCGAGAACGCGUCGGGGAUUUGUGGAUCAGGCCAAAUACGCUAGGGCGCCGCGAUGCGGAACCAGAUCACCUCGAGCUUGAUUGGGUUGUGGUGGACAAUAAUGAAAUCGGUGUGGUUAUCAACUUCGGGACACAUCAUCACACGAAUCGGGUGCAACCGAGCCUCCAGCGAAAGAAUUUUGUUUGUUCCGAGCGAAGUGCCCGGCGGUGUCCUCGUUCUCCUUCUCUAUUCCUACCGCCGCCGAUCGCUCCUUCCUACGAUGAUGUUCUUGCGUGCCUUCCUUUCGAUCCCGACGGCGCGGUGGAGCUCGGCGUUGUAGCGGGAAACAGGCACACGGAAUAGUAAAAGCGUGAGGUUCCACACGGACACGUGGUCCGCUUGCGAACAUGGAUGAAGAGAUAGCGCAACGAUCGGCUCCUUGAGUACUAGAUGAAAAAAAUGCUGUCGAGAUUUUUCUGUAGAAGAGCUGCAUGCUACUUCUGCUCUGUCUUGUUUGAUUGUUUGUAGGCUUCGAGAAUCGCCUCAGAUUCCGUGCAUAUUCGAUCCCCAAAUAUUGACAUGGUUGGCAAAUAAAAUCAUCGCAGACUCUCUACUCC